AGAUAAAGAGCUAUCAUCGAGCCAUGCAAGGGAUCGACUGAAGUGUUUUAGAUCAGCUUGAAAGUAACAAAAUCUUAUGAUCACCAUGUCCCUUUGCUACUUUGAAUGUUCGCAAUUAAUAUAAAUAAGACCAACAUAGUGCAUGUCGUACGUGUUGAUCAACUACACGUAUUGAUAUACUGUUUAAUGGAUUGACAUUAAGGGUUUAAUGUUUAUACUUAAGAUCAAGUUGAUAGCAAAACAUUUCGAAUCGAGAGUCGGAAGUAUAAGUGGUUAGCUUUACAAAACUAAACGAAUAUUAUCCGGGAUAAAUAAGAAUAAAAUGUUAAGUUUAACCCGCGGAUAAUUAGACCUUAGUACCGACUGGGAGGAGGGAAGGUUUCUACCUACAACUAAUAGUGUAUACUAAGGCGAGGCAAGCCAGGAAAAGGAGCUAAUUGGCUCUGUAGCCUAACGAAACCAGUUCUGAUUGGUUCAAACAUGUGGAUAGUGUUGGUGAUUGGUCGAGGUGACGGAAGGGAAAUAUGCUGAUUGAGACUAUUGGGCAUGGUUCAUAUUAUUAACUGCUGUUAUACUGGGGCGAGCCUGAAUUUCUUAUUAUACGGAUACGUGUUAAACGUUGUGAUUAGAAAUGAUUUAGAUUUUAUUAGGGUUGGUGCUUUAAGUUUUAAACACAACACACAUUAUAUGUGUUUAAAAUUAAAACGGGACACAAUGACAAUGUUUUCAAGUUCCAGAAUUAUAAUUGAGUUUUCUAUGAAUAUGUUAGUAUGAGCGACUUCUAGCAUUUUGUCAUUCCUGAUCUAAUGCUCCUGAUCAUUACGAAGAUUGAAUUCUCACAAUUAACUGAAAUAAUCUCAAUCAUAUCGAAGAACUUUCUGAAAGAUUUUUGUGAUGAAUUCCAGUAAUUUCCCCCGGACUCUAGUGACUGAAUUUUGCAUUGAUGAUGACAUGACAUUGAGUUGCUGGAUGUAACACGCACUGCAGGACAAAUAAAAAUGUUUGUCCGUUUGUGAUCCAUAGCAACGGAAUUCUAUCUCAAUUGAUGAUUUAAGACCAUCAAGCUUGCUAGGCGCUCGAAGCUUUUAGGCUGCACGUUAGCAUCUGCAUAAAUUCAACUAGCAAGUAAGAAAACAUGUAGUGAGCUUGACAUGUCCGCCACGUGACAGCAAACUUGCAGCUUGCCUACAUCGUUCGGUGGACAAUCAACAUGCAAUGACAUUUGUUCCAUGGUAACGGUCCGACUAUAUCAAGCCGGAGAACGCUGCGGGGAAUCAGAUUGAAUCAGUUCGUUUCGCAGAAGUUUGUAAUAAGUUCAAGAACACAUUUUCACUAUGAGAGAAAUCGUUCAUCUUCAGGCUGGACAGUGUGGAAACCAGAUUGGAUCAAAAUUCUGGGAGGUCAUUUCUGACGAGCAUGGCAUUGACCCAACUGGAACCUACCACGGAGACUCUGACCUUCAGUUGGAGAGGAUCAAUGUUUACUUCAACGAGGCUACCGGAGGAAAGUACGUCCCCCGUGCUGUCCUUGUAGACUUGGAACCUGGAACCAUGGAUUCUGUUCGAUCCGGACCUUUCGGCCAGAUCUUCAGACCAGACAACUUUGUGUUCGGACAAUCUGGAGCAGGAAACAACUGGGCCAAAGGACAUUACACCGAGGGAGCUGAGCUCGUCGACUCUGUUUUGGACGUAGUCAGGAAGGAAGCCGAGAGCUGUGACUGUCUUCAGGGAUUCCAACUUUGUCACUCUCUAGGAGGUGGUACUGGAUCCGGAAUGGGAACACUCCUGAUCUCCAAGAUCCGUGAGGAAUACCCCGACAGGAUCAUGACCACUUUCUCUGUCGUACCUUCCCCCAAAGUAUCAGACACAGUUGUUGAGCCUUACAACGCCACCCUCUCCGUCCAUCAGCUGGUUGAGAACACCGACGAGACCUUCGCUAUUGACAACGAGGCUCUCUACGACAUUUGCUUCAGGACCCUGAAACUCACCACCCCCACAUACGGAGAUCUUAACCAUCUCGUCUCUGCCACCAUGUCUGGUGUCACCACCUGCCUGAGGUUCCCUGGACAGCUUAACGCUGAUCUCAGGAAACUCGCAGUCAACAUGGUUCCCUUCCCCCGUCUCCAUUUCUUCAUCCCCGGAUUCGCUCCUCUCACCAGCCGAGGAUCCCAGCAGUACAGAGCUCUGACCGUUCCCGAGCUCACCGCCCAGAUGUUCGAUGCCAAGAACAUGAUGGCCGCUUGCGACCCCAGACACGGCCGAUACCUCACAGUCGCCGCUAUGUUCAGAGGACGUAUGUCCAUGAAGGAAGUUGAUGAGCAGAUGUUGAACGUACAGAACAAGAACAGCAGCUACUUCGUCGAAUGGAUCCCCAACAACGUCAAGACCGCCGUCUGUGACAUUCCUCCCCGAGGCCUCAAGAUGUCUGCCACUUUCAUCGGAAACAGCACCGCCAUCCAGGAGCUCUUUAAGAGGAUCAGCGAACAGUUCACCGCUAUGUUCAGGCGUAAGGCUUUCCUCCACUGGUACACUGGUGAAGGUAUGGACGAGAUGGAGUUCACUGAAGCCGAGAGCAACAUGAACGAUUUGGUCUCUGAGUACCAGCAGUAUCAAGAUGCCACCGCCGAAGAGGAAGGUGAAUUCGAUGAAGAAGAAGGUGAAGAAGAAAACUAAAUUCUUCUCUCGAGAUGAUUAAUUGACAUGCCACCUCAGAUUGGCGAUCGCCUUCAUUGCCAAGGUAUUUUCUCGGCUGCGAUUAUGCCGACACCCUGUACGGACUCCAACUUUAAGAUUAAGUUCUGUUUUUCCAACUAACCUGUAUUAUAUUAUAAGAUUUUUAUUUCUAUUUGUUUUUGUGAUGAUUGCUAUUUGUAAACAUUAAUUUUGCGGUUUUAUAAA